AUGAAGAGAUAUUUUAAAAAAGUAUCGAGACCAGAGGAGACUUCAUCUUCUACGAAGAACAAUGUUGAUAGUGAAAGCUCAAAGAAAGAUGAACUUGAAGCAAUUUUGGAUAAUCUUCCUUCAGACCCUGCAAGUCGAAAGCGUAUCUUGGAUUAUGAUCCAAAUAUUCGUGAUGAAGUUCGACAUCGUUAUUUGCUCAAGGGUCCUUGUCAGCCUCGAAACCAUGAGUUUCCCCAAACAUUAAUAAGUGGAACAAAACGACGUUUUGUCCCUUCUUGGUUUGAUGAACAUCCUGAAUGGUUAGAGUAUAGCAUAGAAAAUGAUGCUGUGUUUUGUCUCUGUUGUUAUCUCUUUAAACUACAUCAUGGUGACCAAGGAGGCGGUGAUAAUUUACCUGCAAAGGCUUCUCUAAUUGGAAGAAUAAAAAAGGACUUCAAGAUCAUGUUGGAGCAUAACUAUUACACUCUCUUGAAUGCUUCAAUUGAUUGUGUUUGUUUCUUGUUGCGGCAAGGUCUUUCUUUUCGUGGUCAUGAUGAAUCUGAAUCCUCUAACAACAGAGGAAACUUUCUUGAUAGAAAUCUACAGUUAACAUCACCUGUUAUACAGAAAGAUAUUAUAAAUGCAGCUGCAGUUGAAACUCUUAAUGCAAUCAUGUUUGAUAUGGGUGAUGCACCAUUCUCUAUUUUGGUUGAUGAAGCACGAGAUCAUUCAGUAAAAGAGCAGAUGGCAGUUGUUCUUCGCUAUGUAGACGAUAAAGGCCAGGUAAUUGAAAGGUUUGUUGGCAUCCAACAUGUUAAAAGCACUGAUGCACGGUCCUUAAAACUUGCAAUAGACGAGUUAUUCUCCAGAAAUGGGUUGAGCAUAUCAAAUCUUCGAGGACAGGGCUAUGAUGGGGCUAGUAAUAUGCAAGGUGAGUUCAAUGGUCUUAAGGCACUUAUCUUGAAAGAAAAUGAUUGUGCAUUUUAUGUUCAUUGUUUUGCACAUCAACUUCAACUUGCCCUUGUUGCUUUAGCUCAAAAUUAUGUUCCAGUUGCUUCCUUUUUUUUCUUAGUGACAAGAGUGGUUAACAUUGUUGGAGCAUCAUGUAAACGUCGUGAUCUUCUUCGAGAGCAACAACAGAAUGAAGUUAUGGAAGCUCUUCACAAUGAUGAACUUCUAAGUGGAAAAGGGUUGAAUCAAGAAACUACUCUCAAACGUCCUGGUGAUACACGUUGGCGUUCACAUUACGGCACCUUACUGAGUAUUAUUUCUAUGUUUUCUUCCACAAUUAAGGUGAUUGAAAUGAUUAUUGAAGAUGGAACAUAUCCUGAUCAGAGAGGGGAAGGUAAUCUUUUGUUAGCACAAGUGCAAUCGUUUGACUUCAUAUUUUGUCUGUUUUUAAUGAGACAAGUGUUAGGAGUCACGAAUGAUUUAUCACAAGCAUUACAAAAGAAUGAUCAAGAUAUUGUCAAUGCUAUGGAUUUAGUCAAGGCAUGCAAGCAGCAACUACAAACAAUGAGGGAAGACGAAUGUGAAUGGGAAACUUUUCUUGACAAGGUUUAUUCUUUUUGUGGCAAGCAUGGUAUCAAGAUUCCCAAUAUGGAUGAUGUCUUUGUUGCUCAAGGGAAAUCCCAACGGAGAGCUGAAAAAAUAACAAACCUUCAUCAUUAUCGAGUGGAGGUCUUUUAUAUUGUGAUUGAUAGACAAUUUUCAGACUUGAAUGACCGUUUUAAUGAGGUAAACUCUGAGCUUCUUGUUUGUGUUGCAAGUUUAAGUCUAGAUAAUUUAUUCUCCUCUUUUGAUAAGCAAAAGUUACUCCGUCUUGCCAAAUUCUAUCCAAGAGAUUUUUCUGAAAGAGAUGUCUUAUCACUUGAAGACAAGCUUGAUAUUUAUCUUAAUGAAAUGCGAUCCAACAAUGAAUUUUCUCAAUUGAAAGGAAUUGGUAGUCUUGCUAAAAAAUUGGUGGAGACAGGAAAGCACAAAACACAUGCAUCAGUCUACAAGCUUCUAACUUUGGCUUUAGUUCUACCGGUUGCAACAGCUUCAGUGGAAGAGUAUUCUCAACUAUGA